AUGGUCAAGCGUCGCUUUCAUAGCAGUGUCAACAUUGCCAAGACCAGAAGUUUUUCAGGAGCAGACAUCGGCAGUAAUUACAACCUUGCAUUGAUGACAUUCUCACGGCGUCUUAAAACGUGCAGGAAACAAGGCAACACCAGGAUCAAGUUCAACUUUCAAAGACUCAAAGACCCAACAAUAUUAAAAUGUUUUCAAGCAAACAUAGGAGAAAAGUUUGCUCCACCCCUAGUGCUAAAUCAAGAUGAUACAGAAGUUAACUCCCUGACAAACACCUUUAACACCACCAUGACAGAAACAGCAAAUGAGCCCCUUGGGAAACAUCGCGUGAAAAAGAUGCUCUGGGUCACAGAUGACAUCUUUGACCUAUGUGACAAACGAAGAGCUCUGAAGAACAAGAACAAUGAACCAGAAGGUGCAAAAGAAUACAGAUACAUGAAUCUGCAAGUGAAAAAGAGAAUGAGAGGAGCUAGACUGAAGUGGAUUGAAGAACAUAGUGAAGAAGUUGAAGACAGCCUGGAUCAAAACAACAGUAAAAAGGCUUACCAAAUCAUCAAAGACCUCACAAGUACCAAACAAGGGCGGACCACUUCAAUACAAAGUAAAGAAGGGAAAUAUCUAACGGAGGAACAAGAAGUUCAGACCCGGUCGACAGAAUAUUGCUCUGAACUGUACACCCACAAAACCACAGGAGAUCCAAGAGUGCUCAAUGUCUCUCAAUCAAAAGACAGUGACAAAAGCAGUAUCUUAAGUGAAAAGAUAGUGGCAGCAGUCUCAUCAUUGAAGAAAGGGAAAUCAGCUGGAAUAGACAACAUCACAGCAGAAAUAGUUCAAGCAGCUUUUGACAGAGUAUGGCAGGAAGCGCUGUGGGCAACCAUGAACUUAUACAACAUCAACGCCAACCUGAUCAAAGUUAUAGAAAAGUUAUACAGCAAAGCUACGGGCGCAGUCUUUACCAACAGCAACAUUGGGGCAUGGUUCCGAACAAUAGUGGGAGUACGCCAGGGUUGUCAGCUCUCACCCACUCUUUUCAACAUUUUUUUGGAGAGGAUCAUGACAGAUGCACUUGAAGAUCACGAAGGAACAAUCAGUGUUGGGAGCAGAACGCCUAAUAACUCACGUUUUGCAGACGGCAUAGGCGGCCUUGCGAGACAAGAGCAAGGACUAGUGAGCUUAGUAGACCGUCUUGAAAAGACCACAACCUACAGCAUGGAAAUCAGUGCUGAGAAGACGAAACGGGUGUUUAACAACAGCAAGAAUAUCACAGUGAACAUCCAGGUCAACAACCAAAGGCUUGAGACCGUACGCAGCUUCAAAUACCUGGAUGCAAUAGUAACAGACGAAGGAUCAAAACUAGAAAUAAUCUCCAGAAUAGCGGAAACUUCAGCAGCAUUGACCAAAUUGAAAACAAUCUGGAACGACAGAAAUAUCACCAUCAGACCAAAGAUUAGACUGAUGCGAGUCCUGGUCAUGUAA